AUGGAGAGGAGACAAGUUGAACUAGAGAAUGAGAAGAAGAACUUGGCUGAGGUGAAAUCAUUAACCAAUGAUGCCAACUUCCAUACCACUGACUUCCAACACCAGUUGUUGGACUUGAAGUCACAGAAUGAAGAACUGUCUUCAUUCAACAAGAAGUUCCUUGAGAGAGAGAAUCAAUACAAGGAGACCAUUGAGAGGAAGAUGAAUGAGAUCAAGGAACUCAAACAAGACAUCUCCAUGCAGUUGAAAGUCAAGACUGAGGAGAGUGCCCUCCAUGAGACCAAGAUCAAGGACCUGGAGAGAUUGGUUCUUGAACAAUCAAAGUACCAAACACAGUUGGACUCUUGUAAGAAGUUGUUGUCUUCUCAAAAGCAAACCUUUGAGAAACAGGUGGACCUCCUAAAGAAGAGAUUGGCCGAGACUGAGGACCAACAUCACCACCAUCAACAAUACGUACAGGCCCAGAUCGGAGGACCCAAACGUAUUGGCUCUGCGAUGUUCCCUUCAACCACAUCAUCAUCAUCAUCGUCGUCAUCUACAUCUGGCAGGAAGCCCCUUCCUUUUUAG